ACUUGGUUGCUUUGCACUCUCGCCUUGUUCGAUUUCGAUGGAAGUCCUUUCCGUUUUCUGUCGCGAAAAAGUGUACAAUUAUUGUUCAUUUGAAGUAUUGCAGUGCAAAUUGAACGUGGAUUUCUGAUUGCUACGUUGAAGUUAAAUGUAACAAUUGGAGAAGUGAUUUUCCUCUCAAAUAGCAAUCGUUUUUCGCCAGUGCUCGGGAGGACUUUGACGUCGCAGCCGUCGCUAGCCAGUGUGUGAUUUUCUUGGACUUAGAAAAUUUUCUGUCAGUCGAAUCAAAGGUUCGGUGGCACAUUUUUCUUCUCGAAAGUUUAACCUGAUCCGGCAGGAUGAGUGUCGAGGUGGAAGCUGCUGGUUCACAGGAUUCACCUAAACAGGUGAAUGGUGACCGACUGAAUGGUGUGAGCAAUGGCCACUCGGUCGCGGAAAGUGGAAGCGCUGCAGCGAGUGACAGGGCAGGAGCUGGUGAGGAACGCCACAAAAGCCACAAGAGCUCCAGCAAAGACAAACAUCGUGACAAGGAUCGCGACCGGGAAAAGGAUAAACACCGUGAUAAGGAUCGUGAUCGUGAAAAGGACAAACAUCGCUCGUCCGAUAAGGAUCGCGACAAGGACAGAGACCGGGAUAAACACAAAAGUAGCAGUUCGUCGUCGAAGGAUAAGGAUCGCGAGAAAGACAAAUCCAGUAGCAGUAAGGACAAGGAUCGUGACCGGCACAGCAGUUCGCACAAGAGCUCCCGAAGUGAUAAGGAUCGAGAUCGUGAAAAGGAUAAGGAACGAUCUAAGGAUAAAGAGCGGUCUAAGGAUAAAGAUCGCGACAAAGACAAGGAAAGAUCCAGGGACAAAGAUCGGGAGAAAGAUAAAGAUCGCGAGAAAGACAAGGACAGGGAGAGGAAAGAUCGCGAUAAAGAUAAGGAAAAAUCUAGCAGUAGCAAAGAUAAAGAUCGUGAUAAGCACAAAAGUAGCUCGUCCUCGUCACAUCGGGAAAAAGACAAGGAUCGCGAGAAAGACAAGCACAAGAGCAGUAGCAGUAGCAAAGAUAAAGACAAACAUUCCAGCAGUAGCAGCAGCAGAGAUAAAGAUCGCAAGGAUCGCGAACGUAGUGACAAACAUUCUUCGUCCUCUAAAGACAAGGAUCGGGACAAGAAAGACAAAAUAAAGGAGGAAUCGGUCGUUAAACAGGAGCCCGUUAUCAAAUCUGAAUCUAGUGAAGCCAAAGCGGAUAAUAAUCAAACUUUCUCGAAUGGCCUCGAAAGCAACGAAUCGUCUCAGGAUGUGAAGGAAGUUAAACAGGAAGAUCCGCUGGAUGUCGACGCUUCCCGGGCCAGCUCAUGCGACUAUUCGAUGUCCCAGUUUCGUGCAGACGAGAGUGCCUUCGUCAUAAAGGAGGAAGCACCGGAUCCGGAUCGCAUCCAGUACGAAGACGAGGAACAGGAGGAAGCCAGUCAAGUUUCCGUCAAGCAGGAAGAGGAUUCUGAGGACGAUGUUCCACUUUCGAAGCGCAAAAAGAAGGACACCGAUGAGGACAAUGAAGUCGGCAAUAAAAAGAAGAAAAUAAAAAUGGAGAAAAAGGACAAAAAAGAGAAGAAGAAGAAGCGCGCCUAUGAAUCCGAGCCGGAAUACGACGAGCAGGAAGAGGAAGAGGACUAUGGUCGUGCCAAGAAGCAGGCCAAAAAGGCAAAGAAGGCCGCUGCUGUCGUUAAGAAGGAAACUAAAACCAAGGUUAAAACUGAGGAAAACGAAAGUCCAACUAAAGGUCGUAAGAAGAAGAAGGAAGAGGAGGAGCACGAAGUUUGGAAAUGGUGGGAGGAAGAAAAGCGCGACGAUGGUGUUAAAUGGAACCUACUGGAACACAAGGGUCCGGUGUUUGCUCCGCCGUACGAGCCGCUGCCGGACAACAUUAAGUUUGAGUACGACGGUAAGGUGAUGAAGCUGUCGCAGGAUGCGGAAGAAAUUGCAGGUUUCUACGCGCGUAUGCUGGAGCACGAGUACACCUCCAAGGAAGCGUUCAACACCAACUUCUUCAAAGACUGGCGCAAAUCGAUGAGCUCGUCGGAGCGGGACAAAAUCAAGGAUCUCAAAAAGUGUAACUUCCGGUACAUGCAUAAAUACUUCGCUGAUAUAUCGGAGAAGAACCGUAAUCGAACCAAGGAGGAAAAACUGGCACUGAAGGAAAAGAACGAAGCACUGAUGAAAGAGUACGGCAUUUGCAUCAUCGAUGGCCACAAGGAAAAAAUCGGUAAUUUUCGCAUUGAACCGCCUGGUUUGUUCCGUGGGCGUGGUGAACAUCCCAAGAUGGGAAUGGUGAAGCGACGCGUCCUGCCGGAAGACGUUAUUAUUAACUGCGGCAAAGAUAGCCAGUGGCCAAAGGCCCCCGACGGUCACCGUUGGAAGGAGGUUCGCCACGAUAAUUCGGUUUCGUGGUUGGCUUCCUGGACGGAAAAUGUCCAAGGACAGGUGAAGUACGUCAUGCUGAACCCGAGCUCCAAGCUGAAGGGUGAAAAGGAUUGGCAAAAGUACGAAACCGCUCGCCGUCUGUUGAAGCACAUUGACAAGAUUCGUGACACGUACCGUGACGAAUGGAAGAGUAAGGAAAUGCGAAUACGGCAGCGUGCGGUUGCUUUGUAUUUCAUCGAUAAGCUUGCACUGAGAGCGGGCAACGAAAAGGACGAAGAUCAAGCGGAUACGGUCGGUUGCUGUUCGCUGCGCGUGGAACACAUCGAGCUGCACAAGGAACUGAACGGGAAGGAGAACGUAGUUGUGUUCGAUUUUCUCGGUAAAGAUUCAAUUCGGUACUACAAUGAGGUGGAAGUCGAAAAGCGAGUCUUCAAAAAUCUCGAGCUAUUUAAGGAGAAUAAGAAACCUGGCGAUGAUCUUUUCGAUCGCUUGAAUACCACCGUAAUGAACGAGCAUUUGCGGGAUUUGAUGGAAGGACUCACGGCAAAGGUGUUCCGUACGUUCAAUGCUUCCUUCACGCUGCAGAAUCAGCUGGCCGAGUUGACCGAUCCGGACAUGACGGUGCCGGAGAAGCUGCUCGCUUACAACCGCGCAAAUCGCGCCGUUGCUAUUCUGUGUAACCAUCAGCGUGCAGUUCCCAAGUCGCACGACAAAAGUAUGUCCAAUCUGAAAGAGAAGAUUCGUCUCAAGCAUGAAGCCAUUGAAAAUUGUGAACAGGAACUGAGGGAUCUAAAGAAGAGCUCAGUCCGGGACAAGGUUGCACGCGACAAGAAGCAGAAGAUGCUGGAGCGACUCCAGGAACAGUUGAAAAAACUUGAACUGCAAGAGACUAAUAGGGACGAGAACAAAACGAUCGCCCUGGGUACUUCCAAGCUGAAUUACCUCGAUCCUAGGAUUUCCGUUGCAUGGUGCAAAAAGUUUGACGUCCCGAUUGACAAAAUCUUUAAUAAAACUCAACGCGACAAGUUCCGAUGGGCAAUCGACAUGGCUGAUGAGAAUUACGUGUUCUAAGAAACAGUGUUUCGCUUGUUUUUCAGUUCCUGUUUGGCAACGAUAACGACGGACGAUGACUACUGCACAAUAGCCAUCAGUACGCGAAACCAGGUAGUAAUCAAACUUCAAGCUUCUAAUGUCGAAGUAAGAUAUUAGGGGAGGCGACUCAGUAGUUGUAUUUUGGGUUUUUAGGGUGAUAACCAUUUUACUGAAAUUGAGUUUCACACAAUUAGAUAAAAAAAAGUAAAGUAUGCUAGGGCACAUAUAUGGAAUUGCUGCGACAUCAAACAGCAGCACAGCAGUUAUGUGGAAUCCGUCUGUAAAAAGUUUAUAUAUUUAUUAAACGAAGUAUAUUACCCUCAAUCACCAACAUUGAAAAAAUAAAGUGAAGCGACGUCACUAUCGUCGUACGACGAGAGUGAAGUAAAAUUGAAACCGAAACGUGGGCUGCCUCAGAGCCAGCCGGUUUUUAUUUGUUUGUUUUUAAUUAGGUGUAGUUUAAUUUAUCCUCUUCUUCUUGUUUUAGGUAUUUAGUCUGUUUUCAGUUCGGUAUUCUACCUAAUGUUUUAAAUAGAACUAAUAGCAAUGAAAAAAAACUGUAUUGUUUAUCAGGAUUUUGACGCAAAAAAAGAAGAACAAGAAAGCAGACUAGCGACAGAGUACUAUUGCGUACAUCAAUAGUUUCGAUUCGCAUCUCUAGUUUAUAAGUAGUAGCAAUUCAAAUUGUGCAGAAAGGAUAAACAUAAAAACGAACGUGAGUACUGUGAGUUGAGUGAUUUGAAAAGUUUCCUUAAGAUAUUUUUUUCACUUUAAUAUACAUACCAAUGAAAAGAGUGAUUGACUAGCUUUGGAAUGAACAUGAUUUAAUCAAAUUAGUGCCGAAAUCUAAAAAAACAACAGAAGUACGGAUAAUCUGUGUGGCAAUGGAGCAAUCGAUAGUGAAGGGAAAAGAAGGGCAAUUAAGCUAAAGUUCAUAUUUACAAAAACAAACCGUAUAUUCGUAAUCCUAGUAGGUUAUAACCGAAAAUAUUGAACAGAAAUCAUACUAAGCACGGAGAAUCACGUACCAUUUGUAAGACAAGCAAGAAAUCAAGAAAAAAUGUGCAGUAAAAUCAUUUUAUUUUUAAGAGGCGUUUUAAGAGAAUCAUCAAACAAAUCUGCAUCGUUUCGUUCAAUCGACGGGGCUUGAACUUCCUCUUGCCCCUCUGUACUACUGCUGGGUCAUGGGGAAGAGGAAGUUUGGGGUGCAUUGUGAGCGCCCUAGAAUACGUUUACACUUUUUUAGCAUCAUCGACCACUUUAUGCGGUUACCAUUGGUUCUCUUUAUGAAAGAAAACCGGAACCGGUCGAACAUUCAUCAGCCACAAUAAACAACACACACACACACAUAUGGAUUACUUGAAGUAAGUUAACUAACUGUAGUUGAAUGAAUCAGAAGCAAACAAAAAAAAAGUGUUUCAAAACAAAAAAUAAUCAAUAAAAAGUGAAAAACUUCAACCAAU